UGUUUCAAGUUGUUCAUCGAUUCAUGGCUGCCAUAUUGAAGUCUUCAUGACGGGAGUCAGUUGUUGACUCGGCCUUUUUGCUAUGGAAGAAACAAAAAUUAUAUAUCAUAUAGAUGAUGAAGAAACUCCGUAUUUAGUUAAACUGACUAUUGCGCCAGAACGCGUUACAUUAGCAGAUUUCAAGAAUGUUCUUAAUCGACCAAACUACAAGUUCUUUUUUAAGUCUAUGGAUGAUGAUUUUGGCGUUGUUAAAGAAGAGAUUAUUGACGAUGAUGCUCAUUUACCUUGUUUCAAUGGAAGAGUAGUUUCAUGGUUGGUCUCUGCUGAAGGCAGCAAUGUUUCAGAUGGGACAUCCCAGUGUACUGACAGUGUUGCACAUUCUGAUAUAAAGGUUCCUGUAGACAGACCUGGAGAUCCUCAUAUUAUCAAUCCAGUUCAUGGUGGCAGAACAAAUGUGGAGGAUACAACAUGUACAGAGACAGAAUCUAUCAUUAGCUCUCGCCUAGGCCAUCAUAAUAUUCACAAAGGAUCUAGGCCUCAUCAUGGAGACAAGUACAGUAAAUACAAUGGUUUACGGAUAAAUGGGCAUUCAAAACACAGAUCUGGACAUGGUUAUGAGUCAAGCUCAAUGCUUAGUUCUGACUUGGAGACAACAAGUUUCGUGGAAUCUGAAGAUGAUGCUUCAAGCAGAAUUACUACUACCACUGGCAGAGCCACCAAUCUUUCUGUUGAUAGACAAACUCUAGGAACAGCAGAUCAUAGCAGUGUGUCACGGUUGCACUUAUCUGGCCGUCGUCGCCCGCAGCGACGUCGUCGACAUCGUAUUCCACCUGCUAUGUCCCGCACUUCUUCAUUUUCUUCCAUCACAGACUCAACCAUGUCACUCAAUAUUAUCACUGUUACACUCAACAUGGAUACUGUUAAUUUCCUUGGCAUCAGCAUAGUUGGUCAAAGCAACAAGGGUGGUGAUGGAGGUAUCUAUGUUGGAUCCAUCAUGAAAGGGGGAGCUGUAGCUCUUGAUGGACGCAUUGAGCCAGGUGAUAUGAUACUGCAAGUGAAUGACAUUAAUUUUGAAAACAUGUCGAAUGAUGAGGCAGUUCGUGUCUUGAGGGAAGUUGUCCAAAAGCCGGGGCCUAUCAAAUUAGUGGUUGCAAAAUGUUGGGAUCCCAAUCCAAAAGGUUACUUCACAAUUCCUCGAACUGAACCUGUAAGACCAAUUGACCCAGGAGCUUGGGUGGCACAUACAGCAGCUAUAAGAGGAGAAUCACUUCCAGUCCGGCCUCCAUCUGUAACGACUCUUACCUCUACCAGCUCUUCCAUAACAUCAAGUUUACCUGACACAGAACGGCCAUUUGAAGAGGUUCAGCUGACUGUGAAUACAGACAUGCCAACCAUAGUUCGUGUCAUGGCUCGACCUGACUCAGGACUUGAGAUUCGAGACAGAAUGUGGCUCAAAAUAACAAUACCAAAUGCUUUCAUUGGUUGCGAUGUUGUAGACUGGUUACAUGCUCAUGUAGAAGGUUUCCUUGAUCGUCGAGAUGCUCGCAAAUAUGCUUCACAGAUGCUAAAAGCUGGCUACAUUCGACAUACUGUCAAUAAGAUUACAUUCUCAGAGCAGUGUUACUAUGUUUUUGGAGAUCUCUGUACAGCAAUGUCAAGUCUGAAACUUCAUGAUGACUCCACAUCAUUGGAUAGAGACACUGUUGGACCUCUGCCAGCACCAAACACAAUGCCAUCACCUUGGGGAGGCACUCACAUGCCGUAUUCUGGCACUUAUCUACCUCACACAGGCACAGGAUAUGCUCCAAUGCCAUUUAACUACACAAAUGAGCCAUCGGUAUAUGGAUAUGCACGUGAGGAAAGUGUUCAUAGUGGUUCAGGUGGCUCCAGUAAUGGUUCAGAACCAGUAUGCAAAGAAGCUGGUGCAGACCUGGUAAAGUCAGGUAGUUCAGCAAGCGAGAAUGAAUUGGUGGGUGGUAGCAUUGACAGCGGUGUAUUGACAGCUGUAAAGCCAUCUGGUGGUCGACGGUCUGGUGGGUCCCGAUCACGUUCUAGUGGUUCGGAACAGUCAGUAGCUACAGCUUCUACAGCAGGUCCACAGUCUCAACACCCUCUCCAGCAAACACAGGAUCUAUCCGGCUUCAUGAAGGCUGCUGUCUGUGUGCCUCCUGAACCAAACAGCACUGAAGCACUGAAGAUUUGCUUUACUCAACUAUACAGCAAGAGUGUGAGGGCAUGUUUAGCAGGAUUUGGACUAUCAUUAGUACAUAUACCAUAUUAUGAAAGAAGCACAUACAGAGCACUUUUUAAUGAACUUGCGAUGCAUUUUUAAUUUAGUAUGUCUUUCACAUUCAUACCUCCAAUGAAGUUAUAAUUUUUUUAACUCUUCUAUGUGAGUUUAUAAUUACCCUGUGUACACAGUUCACCACAAAUUUCUGUUGUUAAAAAUGUAUUUCUCUCAUACUCAAGAUCAUAUCUUUUAUUAUCCCUUUAGGUCACUUGUUCUAUACCUUGAUUUAAUAAUAUUUAAAGUUUAAAUUUGAAAGUAAAGUCUUUUCCUUUGUUACAAAAUAUUAGCAGGCCUGAAAUAUAUAUUUGUAAAGUAAAAAAAUUCCUUUGUUAUAAUGUUAAUCAAAACUCGCAUAUAUGCAGAAAGGCUUUGUUUUCAAAGAAGUGAUUGUAUUUUUUGGAGUCAUAUUUCCAUAUAAUUCCUAACAACCCGUUUGUUACACUGUUUGUAUUGAUCUCCUCAUAUGCAUGUAACAAUGCCAUUCUGGAUUUUGAUCUGAAUUGGAUAAUGUGGUUCCCCAUUUUACAGGAAGGCUGUAGUGAAAGUAAAGCUAUCCCUGUACCUAAGUAGCAUGCCCUAAGAGUGUAUAGGAGUUGUGUAGGUAAUGCUUCACACAUUCUAGUAGAACUUGUCACUAGUUGGAGGUGAGUGAUCAGUUUUAUUGCUUUGACCACUUAACCCUAGAGAAAGCACUCAUAGUUCCCAUUAAAUUUACAUGAAUUCCUAAGUCGACACACACACACACACACACAACUUUACUGUAGACAGAAUUAUACCUUUAAAUAAGAUGAGUUAUUUAUUAUGUUAAUAAUCUUCAUGUGACAUGUUAUUUUCAAGAUGGUUGCUGUCUAUUUCUGCUUAGCUGAAUGUAUGUACAAGUGAAGCAUUUGUCACAGAAAUGUUAUUUUCAUACAUUUUCUAAAGUGUCUUUUUACAUUGGAAAGGAAUUAACUGUAAACAUCGUCCCCAAUAUAUGUUCAUUAUCUCAGAUACUUCUUUAUCUGUUACAUUUCUGGCUUUCAAAAAUACACAUUUAAACCCUGCCUUAUUGAAGAAGGAUCCUGAUAUAAACAGAGGGGUUAAGAAUUUAUCCUAGCUAUGCCACGUGGUUGAUAGAGAGGAUAUCUGACAUCAUUAUUGCACUGAUAUAUAUAUAUAUAUGAAGUGACAAUUAAAAAUUCCCAGAAUGCCUGUAAAAGCUGUAUGUAAUUACACACUAAUGGUUUGCUGUUACUUUUGAAGUAGUCUUCUUACACAUUGAUACACUUAGUGAGUCAGUGUUUCCACUGUUCAAAACAUUUCUGGAACUCUUCUGGGAUACUCUUCAGGAUGGUCAUCGCAUGUCCUUGAAUGUCUGAAAGUCUGUGGCCUUUCUAAGCAGCCUUCAGUUUUGGAAAUAACUAAAAGUUGUACAGGCCAAAUACAGAAAAUAUGGGUGGUACAAUUUCAAUAUCGAUUUUUGGUCAGAAACUACAGGACCAACGAGUAUAUCAUGAGCAAGUGCAUUGUUAUGAUGCAAGAUCCAAACAUCAGGCCAAAGUUCAGAUCUUUUCUGUCAAACUGUCCCAUGUAGCCUUGCUAGUAUUUCCAAAUACUGGUUCACUGUUUGACCUUGUUCCACAUUUUCAUCUGUCUGGCAAGUUUUUGGAUGUCCGGUAUUGUCUCUUGUGUCUUCCCAUCCCUCUUCUAUGCCACUCUGAGACAGCCGACUUUUACAUAGCAUUAGCACCAUGAACCUAUGUUAACACGUGCAGAGUUUCUUAUGCUUCUCCCUAACUUUUCACAAAACUUGAUGUUAAUGUGUUACUUCAACAAUCUGUCACUAAUUUUUCCACCAGGAGAAAAAUAUCCGCUUGUGUAACUUUGCCACUGAUUUUACCCUUAUUUGCUUCACCAACACAAUAUGUAACCACAGGCACAUUAUAACAUGUUGCUGCUUAGUUAUUACUCAAUCGCUACUUGAUGUGACAUACAUACGGUUAUUCCAGGAAAUUGUCAUAUCUCGUACACAUGCGCACACAUGUGCGUGUGUGUAUAUAUAGACGCAUCCUAUCUGUGCCAGUUAGGACAUGCACGCUUACCUCUAUUUGGAAUCCUGCAGAUGUUAGAUGCCUGACAUACAACCUUCUCCUUCACUAUUCCUAAUUGCUGGAGCUGAUGUUGAGUAGGAUAGACCAAAGCCAUGACAAAAAUAAAUUUUACCCAUAAUUUCUUGUCAUGUAUGGAUUUUGAAGAUUUAUGUAUGGAUUUUGAGUAUUUACUGCUGCUUGAUGUAUUAAAAUGGUGCUGUAUCAUCUGUUUAUCUCCACUUUAGUGGUUUUCUUUUUUUAUGUUUUGGCGUGGUUGAUAUUCCAGCCUGGUAGUCCAUUAUGACAAAGCUAUGGAUGUAGACUGACUGCAAGUUCAAGAUGUGACCAUUCACAUGUACACGUUUGCAUUCUUGCACAUGAGGAAGUAAAGAAAAAUAAUUUUGAAGUUUUAUGUAGCUAUUUCCAAAAUAUGCAUUUGCUCAGUGAUACAAAAUGAAGGCCUUAUCAGUUAUGACAAUCCAGAAUCAUUCUGCACUCAAGUGUCAUAUGAAAAGAGACCACUUUUGUGGUUAAAAUACUGCUAACAUUGUGUACAGAAUUGUACCUACUGGAAUUCUUUUCAACUGAUAAUGUGUUUUGUCCAGGACGCUAAAAAUUAAUUAGUGGGGGUGGAUUAAUAAUUUCAUAAAAAGUAUAUUAAAUGCAAUGCAAUGGUCUGUAUAAUCCUCUGGCCAAUAUAUGACAGAAGUGAUUAUUAAAUAAUGGUAGUUACUUGUGAAUGUGCUCUAGGUUGAUAUAUGCUGACAGGUCUUAUGAUGGGCAGAAGGAGUUUGCCUCUCCUGUUUGUUUACAUUAAGAGUGUUUGAUGGUGAGACAGGGCUUAAUACUUCAGCUUUGUGUGAUAGGAAAUAAUAGAGGAUUUUAUGUUAAUAAUCACUUGAUUAUAGGAAUACUUGUGGUGUCAGAGAUGAGUAGUGGCACAAAUAAGACAAUGAAUGGGAAUGAUCACAAUGUACUCCACCCUCGGACAGCAUGGGAAGAAAAGUCAUAAUUGAAUGUAGUUAUUCCUGUGGACUUCCUUUGAUCUGAUAGGGCUUAGGUUUUUCUGUAUUAGUAAAAAAUAGGUGACUGCCAGCAUUUUGUCUUCACAAUAUCAUUCACACAUUGCAAAUAUUUUACUGCUUUGCCUAAUUAUUGACCUCUCCAUUACAAGGAAUUUCAGGGAGUAGGCCUUUCCCCAUUAAAAUCCCUUUUUGGUCUGUUUAUUGGCCCUCUCAUUUCAUUUUGCUUAUUGCUCUCUUGGGAAUAUUUUCUUCCGUCCUUUAAUAUUUCACCACUAUUUAUUGAAAAUCUGUAGUAUCAUUACUUCGUAAUUCAUCUGAUAUUUUUUUACAGUCCCGCUGAUCUCAUUCAUUCUGAUGUUACUUAUAUUAGAAAAUGUUUCAGCAGCUUCAGUUUGCCAUUAUUUAUCUUAUCUUUUGCCCAAACUUGUAAUCUGUAUGAAAAAACAGGUCGUGCCAUUAUCUUACUGAGCUUUGAGCAUGCUUAAGAGUUUUA